AUGAUUCAGAUCUGUGACGAUAAACUCCUCAUAUUUCACCUGCUGCUCCUCGUGUCAGUCUUGGCAUGUGAGACGAGUGAGAUCUUGACUUUCACUGCCCACGAAAGAGGGAACGUUGAUAUACAAUGUCCAUAUGAGUCUGGAUAUGAAGAACAGAAGAAGUAUCUCUGCAGAGGAGAGUGUCCAAUAGUGAUUAAUAAAGACAAACCUGUUGAAUCUGAAUCAGCAGCUAAAGAUAAGAGAUUCUCUCUGACUGACAAUAAAACAGCCCGGAUCUUCACCGUCACCAUCACUGAUCUGAGAACAGAGGAUCAAGGCAAAUACUGGUGUGGUGUAAAGACGGGAUUUGGAAAUUAUGAUUAUAAGAGAGAGAUUUACCUGGAAAUUAAACAUGUGUCCCGAGUGUCUGGUGUGACUGGAGAGCAUCUGAAAAUCACCUGCCGUUAUGACAAUGAACUGAAGGAUAAUGUCAAAAUCAUCUGCAAAGCAAGCAGCACGUCCCUCUGUGAGAAAUCUAUCAAAGUUUCAUCAGAGAAACACAGUAAUGGACGAUUCUCUCUGAGCGAUAAUGCAUCUGCAGGAGUUUUUACUGUGAACAUCGCUGAGCUGACAGAAGAGGAUUCUGGGAUAUACUGGUGUGGAGCUAUACAGAGAGGACAAGGGCACAAGAACAAGUGGAUUUCAGUCACUGAUCUCAAGAUUUCUGCAGUCUCAUCAGAGAGGGUGCCACCUAAACCACCAACAACAGCUUCAUUUCACACCAGCACACCAGCGACAGCAGAUACUGCAUCCGACAGAACCGUCACAUCUUCAUCAUCAUCUUCACCAUCAACAUCAGUGUUAAUGUUUUUCUCAUCGGCUGCUAAUGCAGUGUCACCAAAACCACAAACAGGUUUUGCACCAAUCAUCAUGGUGGUGGUCAUAGGGAUACUGACAGGGUUUGGAUUCUCAUUGUUCAUUUAUUUAAGACAAAUAAGGAAGGCAAAAGGGCAAAAGGAAGAAGGAACGCAGCCCACAGAUGUGGUUCAUGGCCCGUCUAACAAUCUGCCCAGUCGAUAUACUGGAGAAACUAAAGAAGCCACACAUACGGUCUACGAUUAUGAAGACGUUAGUAGCUCACUUGAUCAUCCUGACUAUAGUCUGGUCCUUCCAGCAUUUGCUAAACAUGACGCCUCUGUUUAUGCUUUAGCACAAUUACCCAGCAGCCCCUCUGACAAUCUCACUUACUCCAGCAUCAAAUUUACAGCUGCACAUCAUUCAGACAGGACUUCUGAUGGGCAGGAAACAUGCGGCUACGCAACCGUUAGACCAUAAAAGACUGAGGACACUCAUGGAGACCAGAUUAAACCUGAGUCACACCAAACUGAGAAUGCUUCUCACUUACUUUGUGAU